UCUCAAUAAUCGCAGCACAGAACACAACAAGAACAACAAUGAAGGUGAUACUUUUAUCUGGUGUGUUCGCCGUCGUCGCGCUGACUGUUUCGGGAGCCCCGACAUACUCCGAGGGGAACCAGCCACGAUAUGUGCAGCAAAUGGAAGAGUACCCCCGGGACCGGCGGUCACACUACGCCGCGCAGCUGGUGUCACCGUGUGCAGCCGCCAACUCCAUCCAGGUUCCUGUGAGCUCCGUGCCCGUGGCAGCCUUCGCCUCGCCCUCAUACCAGGCGUAUUCCGUCCCCCAAUACGGAUACGCCGUGCCGCACUACCGCUCCGUGGACGAACAGCUAGAGUCUGAGCUGUUAGGCUUCUCCGACAUGGACCAGGGCAUGCAGGGACAUAUGCCCGCAGCCAGGCUGGGAGGAUAUGGAGCAGUUUCAUCUGGAGGUGUGUCUCCUGGCCUCUCCGCUGCCUCGCUGGGAGGUCGGAUACUGACACAGGCGACAAGCGGGACUGCGCUCGGAGUGUUCCCCAACGCUAACGUGGGUGGCUGCAGCGUUCCCCUGCUGUUCAGCUGCUCGCCUUCCAUAGUAUCGGGGCAUAUGGCGGAGUCUCACGGCCUCGCUUCGGCGUACGGCGGCGCAGUGGGUGCAGUGGGCGCGGCGGGCGCAGUUGGCGGGGCCAGCUCCUACAGGCUGGUGGACGAAGCGAUGCAACAAGCGGUGGACUCCCACGAACACCACGAUGAAGAUCUGCUUACCAACGAGCACAUCAGCCAGAACCACGAAACCAGUCAUAUCACGCACCAAUAAGUGAUCUGAAUAGUGUAUUAGAUUAAGAUAGUAUUUAUUACCUUAAUGUAAAGUUAUUUCAAUAAAUAGUUAUA